AUGCUGGGUAUUUCGCCGAGCACAAAGAAAAAUCCAAACGUUAAUUCUAAGCAGAGGAUGGGAGAAGCACCUAAAUAUUAUGGAAAAAGACGUAGCUUAGUGCGGCGCAUAGGUUCGUUUUUGCCGCUGAAGCCACCUCCAAAAAUUUAUGUAAGGCAGCAGACUAUCUGGAAGCAAACCCGACUUACUAGAACCAAUAAGUUUCGGCUCAGAAGUAAGACUCCUAGCAUUGGAGCAGGAACUCCAGGAAUUGAGGUCACAAGUAUCGAAAAUAGUUAAAACGACCAGCCAGCGCGAGCAUUAUUCAUCGUUAGCGUCGUUAUCAAAUGGAAACUCGAGUAUAGGGCUAAGACCUCCUCCUCCCCCGCCGCCCUUGCCACCUCCGACGACUCCGCACAUCGCGAGACGAGCUAGUCUCCAGGAUUACAAAACCGAGGAACGUAAGAAGCCUUUGUUGACCCAGAAGUCUAUGGCUGAUAUGAUCAAAGAUAUUGAUAAAGUUAAAUUGAAACCCAUUGAAAGGUCACCCGGUGGACGUCCAGUUCGAAUUAAACGAGAAAACAGUCCCUGUAACGACUUGCAAGAAAUCCUUCGCCGUAGAUACGACGCCAUGAAGUCUCCAGACAGUAGAAAUUCAUCAGUAUUGAACGUCGAUGAAUCCUUUUAA